GUCUGGCUCAAUGUGGAACGAGGGGCUACUUGAUGCGUCAUUUGCGCCCUUGAGUCAUUGAGCGACCAGCUGGACUCGAAGGAGUUGGACUGGUGCCAUGGCAGUUGCACCCGACGAUGAGAACUCCAAGGUUCUGCCGGGCAUCGAGGCGCUGCGUUUGAUGGGUGCCACUGCAGACAGCCGGGAGCGGCCCUCUACACUCAUUUGGAUCACCGCGUUCUGUGCAUAAGCAGCUUGUGGGAUUAUUCUGGUGUGCAUCUUUGACCAAGAUCAAGCCCACUUCGGGAUCGCCGUCGCUGCCUACCCUGUGGCUCUGGUUCCCAUGUUUGCACUAAUGUUGGCGCGGCCCGUCCGGAGCGCCCAGUUCCGGCAGAUGGAGGAGUUUCCAGGGGCAGUGUCUAGGGCUGCGGCAGUGCGGAAGAAGUGGCGUUCAUCUUGGAUUGCUGGACUGUUGCCUUCACUGGGCGCGACAGUGCUGCUGGGGGUCUUCUUGCUGCAUGAUCCAGCGCAGAGCAACGAGCUUGAGUUGCGUGCAGUUGGAGUAGUGCUCUACGGGCUGAGCAGCAUUCUUCCCACGGCGAUCUCUGUUUUCCAUAGCUUCACGCUCUAUGGAGCCAUGGACCUUACAUUGGCAGCAACCUGUGGGGUGGCCGAUUCAGUCGUCGAAGGAAUGGCCCUCCCAGAGCUGGCCAAGGCGACGCUGGGCCUCAAAGGCCUCUAUGACGACUUGUCGCUCACAGCAAUCGCCUCCUUGCUGCAGGUUACAGCCAUGCUGUCGAGCUUCACCGCGCAUUUGGCCGUGGUUCUGGCCAAGUGGCCGGCGCCUCCGGCUUUCUUCGUCCUCCAAGCCUUGCUGGUUUUCGUGGGGGCUCUGACGAUGCCAGUACCCGCAGCCCAGAUCUCAGCAGAGCUGGAUCGUAUUGUUGUCGCACUGGCCAUGCGUUCCCUGAAGGCAGACUCCAUGUUGGUGCACCCCAGCGGAGAUAUAGGUGAAGGCGCUGGCAUGCAUGCAACGGAUUUGUUCCUGCUGCGCCUGGGCAAAGCGCGCUUGGGCUUUUUCAUCGGGGGCUUGCCGGCCACCACCGCCUUCUUCUCUGGUCUGAAGCUGGUCUUCUUGCCGAUCCUUCUGGCCGUCGUGCGAAGGCACGUGGAUCUGGGGCUGUGAGCGCGGCGGUUUUUCAUCGGCAGCGAAGCUUUGCAUGAUUUCGUUUUUGAGACCGCUCGCCAUCUUCAGUCUGUUUCACGCUUGGCUGGUUUCACCCGUCGCGCCAUCUCAAACAGACUCUUCACG